AGCCAACUAUAUUAAGUUAACUAUGGUCAAUGCGACGACUACCAUCGGCUUGUGCAACUGUAAAGUGCGUGUUAUUAACGUUUCAACAUGUUUAUUUAGAUACCGGUAGCUGCUGAACAGAGGACAAAAUGUCAUCACGAAAUCCAGGAAUUGAACUAGAUUUAGACUGGGUUCAACGAACUAUAGUAAAUCUUCCCGCUGUAAAUAGAAGAGCAGAAACGUUGCCAAAGAAAAGAACUGUGAAAAAAGCAUGGCAGGCGGCCUGGUUAUUACGAGCAACAACAUGUAUUGAUUUAACGACUUUAUCAGGAGAUGACACUUUUUCAAAUGUACAAAGACUUUGCUAUAAAGCUCAACAUCCAAUCAGAGAUGAUUUGAUUAAAGCGUUAGACAUGCAGGAUGCUGGUAUAGCAGUAGGAGCUGUGUGUGUCUACCCGGCCAGAGUGCAAGAAGCAGUUCAAUGUUUGAAAGCAGCUGGAAUUAAUAAUAUUCCAGUCGCAUCAGUUGCAACUGGGUUUCCUGCAGGACAGACUCCAUUAGAAACUAAAUUGAUCGAAAUUAAGAGGGCAGUUGAGUCGGGAGCCUCUGAAAUUGAUAUUGUGAUUUCCAGAACAAAAGCUUUACAUGGAGAUUGGAAAGAUAUUUACAACGAGGUCAAGGCAUGUAAGAAAGUGUGUGGUGACGGUGUUCAUAUGAAAACAAUACUUGGUACAGGAGAUUUGGGAACUAUGACAAAUGUUUAUAAAGCAAGUCUAGUAGCAAUGAUGGCUGGUUCUGAUUUUAUCAAAACAUCAACUGGCAAAGAAGGUGUGAAUGCAACUUUACCUGUUGGAUUAGUGAUGGUUAGAGCUAUCAGAGAAUAUUAUCAGAAAACAGGGUAUAAGGUUGGAUUCAAACCAGCAGGAGGAAUCCGUAGUGCGAAGGACGCUUGUACUUGGCUUGCCUUGAUGAAAGAGGAGCUGGGUGAUGAAUGGAUGAGAAAUGACUUGUUUAGGAUUGGAGCUUCCUCAUUGCUCACUGAUAUUGAAAGACAGAUAUAUCACUAUGUAACUGGGAGAUAUGCAGCUGCUCACCAGCUACCAAUGGCAUGAGUUCUGAAUGUGAAGAUAUAAUCCCCUCUAUUAAAUUCCAAUGUGAAGACUAUUUUAGCAAAGCACUUUGGUUUUUGGGCCCAAUUUGCGUAGUGUAGUAAGUAGUAUGAAAUGAAUAACACAAAUUAAUUUUUGGUUGUUAGAUAUGUUUAAUCAUAUGUUUUAUUGGUGGAUUUUCAAUUGUGUGCAAAUUUCACUCAAUACAAGGUUUAAAGAUGCAAUAAAUAAUAUACACACUUUA